AUGGAGAACAGAGUAAGUGCUACAAAUUUUAUUUUUAUUUUUUUUAUUACUAUGGUAGUGCUUGUAUCAGUGUUAUCAUAGGGUAGAAUAGUACAUUUUUUAGGUUUUUUAUGGUACUAUAUGACCAUAAAAAGCCUAGUACUGUGUUAAUAUUAACAUGUUUUUAGAUGUUUGAUUCCAGCGAUGACAUUAUGAUGACAUCAAACAUGACAUAUGUGAUUGGUAAUAGCUCGGUAAGUCAGUUUUUACUUUCUUUUUUAACUUUUAGGUAUCUACCCUACCCUACCCUAUCAUGCCCUACUCUAUCAUGCCCUACUGUAUCACGGGCAAGAUUUUCCUAGCCCUUCCCCAUCUCUAUCCUUAACUGCCUUAAUCUUGCCCUACCCCUACUAUAAUAUAUCAAACUUUCAAAACAACAACUAGUAUAUAUUAUGUCUCAGCAAGUUAAAAAAGUUAUCAAACGCCAAAAAUCCAUUCAUUUUUUGGGCCGAAAACAAAAAGCAGUGCACAAAAAGCAAACGUGCCCUCAGGGGUUAAGUUCAAAAAAGUUUUUGUUUUAUUAGCUUUUUGUGUUUUUAAAGUGGCACGCUUAAUUUUUAACCGUUUUUUCAAAACCGACAUUUUUGGCUUAAAAUAGCUUUGGUUUUUAAGAUUUUGAUUAAAAAGGCGAAACUUUGAGGUUUAAAGGUUUUCGUGGUGGGACCAAAACUUUGGUAAUAGUGCCCUAUUUUGUUACUUUUAAAAGGACGUUUUUCUACAAGACGUAUUUUACUAUUAUUAACUUUUAAUUUUGACGAAUUGCGCAAAAAAUGGGUUUUCUUGUUUUCGUGGUGGGACCCAAUUUUAGCAAAAAAUCGGGUUUUUUAAUAAAAACUGGCUUUAAAUUUAAAAAAAUAAAUUUUUAAAUAAGAAAAAUUUAUUUUCUACAUUUAAAAAUGACAUAUUUCAGGACCUGGCCAACUUCUGCGACUUGGACUCGAGUUUGAUCGAAUUGGACAUUAGUAACCAUAAUUCAGGUAAAAUUUUGUUUUUAACUACGGAAUUAAACAUAGCCACGUAUUUUACUUUGACAUUCAAUUUUUAAAGCAAAAUUUCAUUUUAAAAAUUUAAAAAUGUGAAACAUGCCCCUUAAUCCCCCUGUUCUGUUUUUACCCCGCCCACUAUAGACUUUACAUGAAUAUAGUUAAAAUUGGUCUCUAUGUAAGCCUAACUAGCCAAAGACAAUUAAAAAUGCAUUUUUAAGUAAUGAGUUGGUCAUUUUUCAAAAAAAAAACGUUAUUUAUGAUGAAUGGAGUCGAGCUAGAACAAACAAAUCUCAAGUAUUCGGACAAAACAUUCCAGUUCGACUAUUUUGCGGAUUUUUUAAAAGUGUAAAUAUAAUUUUUCAUCUUUGUUUUUGUCAUUAAUAACUAAUACGUGUCUGCGGAUUCCGUAUUUUACCUUUAUCAUAUCUAAAAUGGCAGUUUUAAGAGAUUUUGACCCAUUUUUGGCCUAAAAAACAGCUUUUUGAGCAAAAAAAUUAAAAUUUUUAAAAAUAUUUUUAAAACAAAUUGCUUUUGAAAGAUUACCACUACUUUUUACUACCCUACCCAACGGUAACCUACCCAUUAAACCCUCAAAAACACCUCUAAAACUUCAAAUUUUCAGUGAACACCUCGAUCGUUCUCGACCGCCCCACCCUGGAUCCCUCGCUUCUGCCCAUAAUAAACGACGAAAUGCCAAUUAUCGGCGAUGAUGAGCUGGAAACCCCAGUAGCCUACAAUCGAAACCUAUCCGAAUCGUUGAGGGCAAAGGAACUGCUGAAACAAAAGGAAUCCGAGAAAAAAUCCCCCACAAAGCCGAGGCAACCUCUAUAUCCGGUGGGUUUUUGAGGGUUUUGGGAAGGGAUUAAGUUUACUUUCUGGAUAUUUUGAUAAUACAUACAUUGUUUUGAAAAUAACUUUAAUUUUUGGGCAGAAAAUGGUAUUUUAGGUAAUAACAUAGACCAUUUUAAGCCACUUUCGUCUCAAAAAACGGAAAAGGUAAAAAAAUAGUUUUUGGCCAGAAAAAUAGAGUUAAAGUUUAAAAUUAUUUCACAAGUUAGGUCUUAAAACAAUAACAAAACUACUUUUCGUAUUUUACAAUUUAAAAAAAAAUUGUUAGUCCAAAAACAGGCAAAAACUGACUCGACCACGGCAGGAUUCGAACCUACAAUCUUCGGUUCCGUAGACCGACGCGUUAUCCAUUGCGCCACGCGGCCACACUUCCCUUCUUUUUUCUUUUCAAUAAACCCAAGUGCCUUUUGCGAUUCUUUUGGGAAAUAGGGGUAUAACUAGUUAUUGUGUCAGAUUUCAGUUUUAUUUUCAGUCAUUAUAACUUGUUAUAUCAUGUUUUUAAUAUUAUUGACCUUUUUUAUUAAUUUAAAAUUUUUUUUUAAAUUUUGUAUUUAGGAUUAUUUGUUAGUUUAUCCUUAAUUUUCAGGGUCCAGCUAAAAAUGCAGAAGUAAAACCAGUCCAGCCCAAGCCUAAAAAGAUGUCCAAACAUGAGGAGAUCAUGUUGAGGAUAAAGCAAAGCAUUGCUGAAGAGAAGAAGGCACCAAAGAAGGAAAUCAAGUCGAAAUUGGCCGAAACUUUGAAAAGUGCACCUACUCCAAAGGCUGUUAGUCGAGGUAAAAUUCUUUAAAAUUCGUACAUUAAUAAAUACUUUUAGUUUUUAAAUUUAUAAGGUUUUAGAGAUUCAUUUGGCAUGCUUUGAAUACAGAUUUUCAUUAAAAAUACUCUGGAAAUCUCGUUUUUUAGCCUAAAAUAAUAUAAAUUUUAUGAUUUUUUGGAAUAAACAAUAUAACUUUUAAUAUUUUUACAAUUUUAUGGUCACUUUGACAUCUUUUAUUGAGUUUCCAUGAAAAUUUAGAUAAAGUAUUACCUAAAAAAUACUAGUAUUACCUAAAUUCCAACAUAAACAAUAUAAUUUCAGAGCCAAGCACAUUGAAAUCCAAGAAUUUGAACCCCUCAACCCCGGUGAAUAAUCGACUGGUCGCAAACAAACUACGAGUACAAACAGCUGAAAAGCCAAUUAAGCCACGGUGCCCUCCGGCGUCGUCUGCUGGAGCAGGAAUAGCCAAGUUGAGGCAGCCGGCUCGAGAUAUUCCGACCAAAAAGUCUGUUUCGUCGCAUAAUUUGAAUUCAAAUUCGAAUAAUUCGAUGGCAUUGAAGCGACAAUCCCAGCCAGUACCACUUGGUCGAGUUACACUUGACAUUGAUGCAGAGCAGUUGGUGACGGCCGACGAUUUUCGAAAUGAAUUCGAAAAAGUUAAAACAACAUCCUUGAAGAACUAUCGAGGGUUCGAUCAGGUGGCCAAGUUGUUUGAUGCUCUUAUGGGUCAGGUAAGGAGUUUUGAAAGUUUUAGUUUAGGUCUCUCUUCAACUUGGGGCUUUUGAUACACAAUGCCAAAAAUCAAGAAAAUUUUGGGUUUUCGUUGUGGGACCAAAAAUUGUAAGAAAAAAUGGAAAAAUUAUAAAAUACGUUUUUACAGACCUAUAUUUUUUAAUUCGAAUUAUAAAUAGGUCAAUAUAUUACCUAUAUCUUUCUAAAAACAAAAAAAACUCACCCCCCCCUUCUCUCAAAUUCGAGUAAUUAUGAGAAAAACUCGUUGUGGGAGGCUUAAAUUGUCCGGAAUGGUAAACAUUUCCUUUACAAUACAAAAUUUGUUUUGGGAGGUCGUAAAGCCAACCUCUAAUGGGGGGCAACAUCUUGCAUUUACAAUUAGAACAGUGACAAAUUCAAUGUGAUGAGAUUUGUGUUUUGUUCGUGUUUGAAGAGAUUGUUUUGCAAGGUAAAUUGGGGGAGGUUUUUGGUAUGAUACUGGCUGAAAAUGGGGUUUUUGUUAUUAAGAGAGUUGAUAAGACUGGCAGUCAAAGUUAGAAUUUCUACUAAAAAUGGGUAUAAAAGUUGUAUUUUUGGCUAAAAAUAUAGUUGUUUUAGCUAAAAAAUAUGUUUUUUGAUAUAAAAAGAUAUCACUUGUUCAUUGUGAGGUAAAUUAUUUAUAAGGGCAUUGAUAAAAAUGGCAGUAAACGUUAGAAUUUUUAUUAAAAUAGGUACUAAAGCUCUUAAUUUUGGUUAAAAAAUGUGUUUAUUAGUUGAGAACACAUUACUUGUAGGCUUUAUCAAGAGUUUUUUAUGAAGGGUUUAAUGAUAAUGUCAGUAAAAGUUAGGAUUUCUAUUAAAAAUGGUUACAAGAGCUGUAUUUUGUAUCAAAAAGAAGUUAAAAACUGUUUUUAAAGUAGAGUUAGAGCAUGUUUUUACUUCAAAAAAUGAUUUUGAAGUCUUACUUUAAAAACUUUUAAAUUUGACUAGUGAGGCUUACCAUUAGUUUAUUAUGCUUAAUAUAACUUAAUUUAUAAGUUUAAACUUAAUAUUAGUUUAUUGAUAAACCUAACGUUAGUUUAUGAUAAUGUAAAUGUAAUUUUUCAGCUAUCAGAACAACAAAAGUCGAAUGAAAGAGUGGGUGAAGAGCUCAAUUCGGCCAAUAAGGCCAAUGAAAACUUGAAGAAAUGUAUGGACGAAUUCAUGGAACAAAACCAAAAAGCCGUGGAAGAAUGUAAGUUAACAUAAUUUUGUAUUUUAUCUUUUGAAGCUUUAGAUUUUCAUUUUUUUUAAGACCUGGGUUUUGUUUUACUGUCUUUGUUUUGUCAGUUGUUGAGGUUUACCUAGAUGUACGCAUAUUUAAAAUAUUUUUAAAUUGUUCAGGACGUCUAUACAAAUUUUUCUGGGAGGAUGGAAGCUUAAAAAAAAUUUUAUCCUCAGAUACACCUGUGGUGUCUUUUUAGGUCGACUUUACUUUGUUAACUUAGGUAAAGGUAGGAUAAAAUAUAGCUAGUGAAUGGCAACACUAGAGUUAUCGUAGUCAUAUGGUAGGGUAGAGUAUGGCAUGUUAUGGUAGCAAGAGCAUGAUACAGUAGGGCAUGAUAGGGUAGGGUAGGGUAGAUAUAAACCAACAUGUUUACAAAUAUUUCUACAAAGUAUUUGAUUAAUGAAAGGAAAGAAGCGAUGAUUCUCAUUACUUUUGAGUCAUGUUAUGGGAUCCGAAGCUCUUUUCCGAAGCUCACAUUUAUUAGAAUAGGUUACAGAAACACGUGUUGAUAUGUCACGGUGUUUUCCUUGUGAUUCAGAAUCAUUUUUGUUUUAAGGAUUGUUUUCAAAUGGCAAAAUGACGUUUCUUUUGCAGGGUUUUAGGAAUUUAAGAGGGAUGGCGGGUUGAGGGUGGCUGUAGUUCAAUUUUGGGAUAUAGGCUGACGGGGGUAAUAGUACGCGAGGGGUUAAUAAAAAAUAUAGAUCUCUUCUUAAAAUUUCUACUGCAUUGACUGUAACUUACUCCUACCUUGCCCCUGCCUUGCCCCUACUUUCCCUCUGCCUUGCCCUUGCUUUGUCCUUGCCUUGGCUCUGCAUUGCCUCUACCUUGCCUUUGCAUUGCCUUGCUUUGCUUUGCCUUUCCUCUGUCUUGUCUCUGCCCUGUUCUGCUUUAUUCUGGCUUGAUCUGCUCUGCUUUGCCCUACUCUGCCUUCCCUACUUAAUCUCCCCCCCCCCUCUCUUCUUUAUUACCUGCCUUGCCCCUGCCUUGUCUCUGCCUUGUCUUUGCUUUGCCCCUGCCUUGCCUUGCUCCUGCCUUGGCUCUGCAUUGCUUCUACCCUGCCUUUGCUUUGUCCUUGCCUUGCCCCUGCUUUGCCCGUGCCUAGCCACUGCCUUGCCCCUGCCUUGCUUUUGUCUUGCCCGUGCCUUGCUGUUGCUUUUCCUUAGCACUGUCUUGCCUUUCCUUUCUGCCCUGCCAUUCCCUACUCAAUCUCUCUCCCCCCCCCCCCCCCCCAUCUUUAUUAUUAUCUUCUUUGUCUUUCUCUGUCUUUUCCCAUCAACCUCUCCCAAACCGAUGACGUAGCGCUCGCUACACGUUUCUAUUGUAACCCUAUUACCUUGACGGAAAACGAAAAUUUACCUAAAAUUUCGGUUAUACGCAAGCCCUAAGAUCAGAUAAGGUGCGCGACAAAAUCGAGAUUAACACAAUAAAAAUGAAAUAAUAGAAAUCGUCUUCGCGCCUCUUCAGAUGCCUCGGAAUCACUCGGCGUGACUUCUUUUUUUGGCAUGUCCGGUCGAGUUUUGUUUAAUGAGUUUGAAGUUUUUAGAAAAGUUUUGAGGGAAAGAAGGACGUGAAAAGGUGAUGAUGAAUGAGCAAGCUGCGGGUGGGUAGGGUAAACAAAAAAGGUUGUGAAGAGAGGCAGGAAUAUAUAUAGGGUAUUGUUUAUGCCUUUAUAAAACUUAAACAGUACUCAUAAUAAGAAAAGGGUAAGGCUAGUCGUAAAAUGGUUUAUAUAGGUAGUGUAAACACAAUAUUGUCAAGCGGCUUACCUUUCUAGGAUGAGCAGAUCUUUUUUUAUUUUAAAUAGUCAAUUUGUAAAGCAAGUAGAGCUAAAGCUAGGGUAGGACAAACGGUAGAGCAAUAGGUAUCUAAAUCUAGAGUUAGGGCUUUAGGCUAGGGCUCUAGGCUAAAUCUUUGGGCUAGGGCUCAGGACUAGGGAUUUAGGCUAGUGUUCCGGGUUAGGGCUCUGGGCUAAGGCUCAGGACUAGGGCUUUAGGCUAGAGUUGCGGGCUAGGGCUUUGGGCUAAAGUUUCGGGCUAAAUGUCUGGCUUACGGUUGAGGUUAGAUCUGAUACUAGGGCUAGGAUAGGGCAAUACAUGGGAAUAUGGCGAGUGCUAGAGCUAGGGCUAAGACUAAGGGCUGGAGUUAGAGCUAUGGCUAUGAGUAUGGUCAAGGCUAGGGCCAGGACAAGGCUAGGGCUGGGUCUACGGCUAUGGCUAGGGCAAUAGCUAGGGCUAUGGUUAUGGCAAGGGUUCUUAAUAUGGGAUUAUUUUUUGAAUAAACUAAUAAUAUUUUUAUUAGUUACUAAAUGUCAAAACAGUAAUAAAUAACUACUUUAGCUUUAAAAAGGCAUUUUGCAAGCUAUUGUAUAUAUGUAAUGAAUAAAAACUGUAGCUGCUAUUCAAAAGUUACUAUUGUUUUUUCAAAAACAAAAAGGAAGACGUUUAUUCAUCACGUCCUUUUUAAGUAGGUUUAUUGGUCGUAAAACCAGUAGUGAUAUCUACAGACUAGUAGGGUAGGGUAGGUAUAUAAAAUUUAAAAAUACUUUUACUUGAAUAUAUUACUUAAUGGGUCAUGUGAAUUAAAAUUUUGUUUUAUUGUUGAUCUGGCGUUAUCUCCGCCGAGGGUUUCUACGAGUUACUUGAGUCGGAUGUUUUUAAACCGAUUUUUAAACUUUUUAAAUUUUAAAUUUGGUUUGUUUACUCACAAGCAAUUCGUAUUUUAAGCAGGAGCCAUUUAAAAUUUUAAAUGUAAAAUACGCGCGCUAUAGCUAUAUCAUCAUUAUUACACCUCUCUUUACCUUGAAACUAAAUUUUCCUAUAAUUUUAGGAUAAUAAUUCACAUUCCUAAACACUCAUUAGUACGGACGUACUAAAUAGUAUGUCCAUAAAGUCCCGAAAUCAGUUGCAAUUGAGUAAAAAAGCGUUGGGCAUCUAUGCGACCUCGAUCAUAUUAAUGGGAGCCGCCCUUGUGGGCUCGGUAUCUUGCUUUACUCAUAGCGAAUGUCACAAAACCCAGGUCUUGCCAUUCUUUUCAUGCAUAGGAGCUGUAAUUGUGUUUGGUGCUACAUUUACCAUUUUUACAGUAAACAAGAAUGCCGAGCAACAGUUGAAUGAGAAGAUCGAGUUCUACGAGGAAAAGGUGGGUUUUGGAGGUUCAGUGUAAUAUGGGGGAGGUCAUUGUUUUAUUGGCUUUAACUUUUUUUUUAAAUGAAGCUUGAGCUUUGAAAAUUUACUUAAUUGUAGCUCAGGUAUAGCACAACAUGUACAAAGAAAGAAAUUUAAAAAUAUUGAAGAAUUUUAGAGAUACAUCAUUUUUUGUUACACCAUAGAUAAUGUAAUGAACCAUUUGGUUAUUGAGUCAUAACUGUUUUUAAAAUUCAAGAUUAAAUUUGAAAAUUGACAUAAGUGUAAAUUACUUAUAGCACAAUAUGUACCAAAAAGGAGUUUUAAAAAUUUUGAAAAAUUUUAGGGACAUAUCAUUUUUUAGUUACCUCAUGGUUAAUAUAGUGGACUUUUUGGUUAUUUAGCCAUAACUUUUUUUACAAAAAGCUUAAAAUUUUGAUAGUUUGAGCAUUUGUAGAAUGUUAUGUUUGCUGUUAGGAUGGUAAAAACUUAAUUUGAAUUUUUGUUGUACCUUCAAGUUACAGUACUCUUAACUUACCUUACUUUUUUCAAAAUUAAAAAAAAAUUGACAAUUUUUUUUAUUUAGUUUUACGGAAUUGUAGUAGAAGCUAAAAAAAUCAAGUUUAAAUAUAAAAGCUUACUUUUUAAAAUAACGUACUAUAUAAACUAUCAUUUCCAGCUCUCCUCCCAAAAAGACCAGCUCGAAGCCCGAAUAGCCCUGCUAGAGAAGCAGUUGGCCGAAGAGAAGGAAGCCAACGAAAUAACUCCAGUGGUGGCUUCAAACAAAGAAAAUGUUUGUAAUGGAAACUGCGAGAAUGAAAUAGCUAGCCUAAACUAUGCCUUAAGUUUGCAAAAAGAAACGACAAAGCAGAUUCGAAGUGAAAAGUGUGAUUUGGAGCUAAAAUUGGAUGAUAUGCAGGUGUUGAGGAAUCAUUUGAGCUCUACAAAGUCACAAUUGGACAGAGUUAAUCAUGCUUUGGAGCAGCAGAAACUUUAUUCUAAGUGAGUUUUGGUUUUUGGAAAAAGAAAGAGAAAAAGGUUUAUGGGAUUGUGAGUUAUGAGGGGUUGAAGAUGACCUACUACAAUAUAAAAAAUUGGCUUUUAGCCACUUUUUUAGUUUGAAGCAUGCCAUAAAACAGCUUAGCUAAAGCAAAAACAAUAUAAAAAGCUGCAUAGCACAUUUCUACUUAGAUUUAAACUACAAUAUUUUGUUGUAAAUACGGCAAUGUAACAUGAAAGAGCUGUAUAAACUAAAUUUACCUUUCAGAGAGCUCCUAAACGAGUUCAACAAGCUAAACAACCGAGUAACGACUGCCGAACGAGAGAAAAUCGAAUGCCAACAGAAAUAUGACAUCUUAUUGUACAAACUAGAACAACGACACCAAUUUGCAACAAGUGAUUUGGCUACAUCCUUCGCUUCUUCUGAUAGUGAGCGACCCAAAUCAGCAGACCAGAAGAGCCGUAAGUUUUGUGUAAAUUAUAGAUAUGAGGACUUUUUUAAAGAUUUAAAAAAUGAAAUUGGGAUUGAAGAACGUUUUUUUGAUUGUAGAAAGUUAAUUUUGACAGUUUUUGAAAAGUCGAUAACUUUUGUGACAUUUCGUCAAAAGUGUCAACAUUUGCAAAUAUGUGGAAAAGAGUUUAAAAAAAAAGAAUUUUUGUGCUUUAAAAACUAUUUUUUAAUCUUUUUUAUUAUUUUUAAAAAACCAAUAUUUUAGUGACAUUUCGUCAAAAAAUAAAAAAUUGAAUUCUAAAACUUUUUAAGCAUUUUAAAGGUCUUCAAAAGUUUUUAAAUGAUAAUUUUUUUUAUUGUACGUACUAUAUUGUCUUACCUUCAGCUGGUGGUAUAAUGUCAACAUCUCGUCUCUUCGCCACUGUAGCUCGAAAAGUGAAGCCUAAAGACAAUGUUGAUGAAAUCUUCGACUCAAGUGGAGUCGUACAGCUGAAUGAGAAUGGUUAUACGGAUGAAAGUCAUUCGGAAAGUGAAGGAUAUUCCCAUGCUGACAACGAGUACGAUGAGAAUGGGCAUGUGGUACUGAAAGAGGAUGAAGAGUACGAAGGGUAUGGUAGUCAGGAGAUGGAGCAGGAUGCUGGUACUCCUGUCAAUGAGGUGGUUGAGGCUGUGCAGUGA